GAUGAGGAUGGAUAAGUAAUGGUGACUAGAGUAAACAGUGAACACAAAGCAAGAGAAGUGCAGACCAGCUGUAUUCUCUCUCGUGUUUUCUCUUUCUCUUCAAUCCCCAAACCCAAACCCACCGCGAACACGCUACCUUGCUUUGAUAUUCAAUCUCUCUCGCUCACAAUCCAUAAUGCAGACGAGAACUGUGCAAGUAAAGCAACUAUCAGAUCUAGCUAGCGAGAGAGAGAUUCAUGAGUUCUUUUCCUUUUCUGGAGAGAUCGAGCGCAUUCAGAUCCAACGUGAGCCUGCACAAUCAAAGACUGCAUUUGUUACUUUCAAGGAUGCCAAAGCUCUUGAAAUCGCACUUUUGUUGUCGGGUGCAACAAUGGUUGAUCAGAUUGUGACCAUAUCUCCUGUUGAAAAUUAUGUACCAAUUGAUGAGACACAGGAAAUAAGAAUGGUGGAAAGUGCUGUUUGUGCUGCCCCUGCUGAAAAUGUUUCACCAAAUGCUGAGGAUAAAAAUAGCUCUCCUAACAAUGGAAGAGUGUAUGUAAAUAGAGCUCAAGAUGUAGUGUCUUGUAUGUUUGCAAAAGGUUCAGCGAUUGGACAAGAUGCCGUUAACAAGGCUAAAGCAUUUGAUGAAAAGCAUCGGUUGACAGCAAGUGCAUCUGAGAAAGUGACUUCCUUUGACAAGAGAGUGGGGCUCACUGAGAAAUUGACAGUAGGCCUUUCAGUGGUUAAUGAGAAAGUGAAGUCUGUUGAUCAAAGACUUCAGGUCUCAGAUAAAACAAUGGCGGCUAUAUUUGCAGCAGAGAGAAAACUAAAUGAUACAGGAUCAGCUGUCAAAACAAGCAGGUAUGUGACUGCUGGAGCAGCCUGGUUCAAUGGUGCUUUUAGCAAGGUGUCAAAGGCAGGGCAGGUUGCAGGUACAAAAACCAGAGAAAAGUUCCAUAUGGCUGUGUCAAACUUGACUGCAAAGGAAUGUCAUCCUCCUCCUUUGAUGCAGGAUCCAAUAGCUGCAUAAGUGAAGGGUUCCAGGUGUCAGAAAGUAACCUUGAUAGACAUUCUUUCUUGAUACAUACAACAACCAUGUUGCUCUAGUUAUUGAUCUUGGGAGACGUGGCCUGGAAAAUAGAUUGCAGGUUUGCUGUAGAUUGGGAUGAAUGGUGCAAUCUUAUUUUGUGAUUCCCGGUUUGAUGUGUGCACUCAAGUUUUGCAUUCAGUUUAAUUUUUUAAUUUGUUUCGCUCACGUUUCUUUUCAUCAUUCAAUUCCCAGGGUCCUUGUGCCUGUGGCUGCAUUUGUAGUUUUGUUUAGUAAUAGCAGUUGAGUGGAACAGCAUAUAUACUUAUAUAGUAUAAGAAAAAGCCUAUUUUUUGAGUGAAGAAAUCAAAACUAUGAGAGAUGAUAUUAUUCAUGUGUAAAGUAUAUAUCUGGUGCUUUAGUUUAAAAUAGCAAUGCCAACCUGCAAAUUGCACGGCACUGCACGUAAAAUUCAAAUCCGAUCAACACUAGUUUUCACCAAGCACCUUAACCUCUACUAGACAAUUCUAAACCAGUCUCACCACUAAGUCGUGAGACUGGUUUAGGCAAUGCUUGCAUUGUAAU